AAAUGGAAAUUAAAUCAUUAUUUUAUUCAAAAUGUAAGUGUACAAUAGUUUUACUAAUCAUUAAUGUUAUUUAUAAAUCAAAAAACAAACAUAAAUGUUAUAAUACCUAAUACAUACCUAUAAAUUUUGCUGUUAUUUUAAUUUUCAGUUUUUGCUACUGUAAAAAAUUUAAAAAUUAACAUACACUUGAAUGUUAAAAAUUCCCUAAAGUGUAUAAAAACUAUUACUACUUAUAAAUUAUAAAUUUGAUAAAAUAUUUACAUGAUGAAAAUUAUGAGUCAUAACUUAGGCAGCUCUCCCACUAAAUCAAUGAUUAAAAUAGCAAAUCUUUAUUUAAAAAAACAAAGAAAGUGGCAUACAAAAAUAUUUUAAAUCUUCUGUUGGUCUGCAUAUUAAUGCGUGCAAGUCGUACUGUGUAUGUGGGAGAAAUCCAAUUUAUAAAUAUUGAAAAACGGAUGCCAUAGUCCUCAGUUUCAUCUACUGUGUCAAUUGAAAAACACUAAUAGGAAAGCUGCUUUAGUCAACUUUAGUGACUACUACCAUACAUUGAGUAAUAGCAAAAGUAAUUUUAUAAUACAAAAAUAAAUCAUACUAUAUACUACAAACAAAUUAUUUUGUUAUUUAUUAUUACUAAAUAAUUUAGUUUUUAAUAAAAAUUGGUAACUAAUUUUAAUUACUAAAUAUAUUAAUAAAAAUAAUUUACAUGUAUAAAAUAUAAUAUUAUAUGUUAUAUUUUCAGAGCGUAGAAAAAAUUGUAUUUUACGUAACCAUAAACAAUUCCAAAAUGUUGAACAAUCAAAUCAAAUAAAAUAUCAAUGCUUUGAUAGUAAUAUUAACAAGAAAACAAUUGAAGUCACAGACAACAAUUAAUUAACAACCAUUGAUAAUAUUAUAAUUCAUAUUAUAUUUAAACAAGGAGCAAUCAAAAAGUUUUGUAUCAAAAUGAAAUUUGUAAAUGUAUAACAAUAUAAUAUUUGUAUUAAUGUGAACCUACUAAUAAACUAAUACAAUAAUUGCUUUUAGUAUAAUAAUACUCAAUAUUCUAAAAGUAGUAUCAAACAGUGUUUGACUUCUUUUUAUGUUCUUUAAAUGUUUCAUGAUUGAUAUAAACUAUCAAUUUCUGCUUUGUAUUUAUCAUAAAUUUCUCUUCGUUUUAUUUUAAAAGCUGCAGUCACCAGAUUAUUAUCCGGUGUCCAAACAUCAGUACAUAGUGUAAUGGCUGUAGGUAUUUCAAAUCGUUCAAGUUUAUCUAAAAUUAAUAACAAACAUUAACACAAAAUAUAUUAUGAAAAAAAAUAUUAAUAGUACGUACUUUUUUUACCAUAAGCGGUUAAUUCAUCUAGAACUGAUUUUUUUAAAUCUUUAUUCUCAUAUAAAAUUUCAGGACUUAUUUCAUUUGGAUUUUCAAUAUUUAAUUUUUUAGCCAUACUUAUCAAGUGUUGUCUGUUAGGAACAACUAAUGCAAUUGUGUAAAUAUUAAAUGGAUUUCCAUAAAUGCAUAUGUUGUCAACUACUGGACAAGUUUUAAGUUGUGAUUCCACUUUACCUAAAGACACAUACUCACCACCUUGUAGUUUAACUAAAUCUUUUUUACGAUCUAUAACAUAUAAGUUUUACAUUUAAUUGUUACUGUGUAUUGUCUUAAGUAGUUAAAUAACAGAAGUAUUAAUAUUAACCAAUAAUUUUAAUGGCACCAUCCGUUUCUAGUUGUCCAAUAUCUCCAGUUUUAAACCAAAUUUUACCAUCUUUUUCGAAAAAUUCUUCUUUUGUUUUUUGGUCAUUUUUAUAAUAUCCAGAAGAUAUGUUAUCACCACCUAAGACAAAAAGAUAUGAUUAUUAAAAAUCUCUAAUACAAGAAUAAAUAUUCAUUUCAAAACUAACCUAUAAUUAGUUCACCCCUAGGAUAGGGUUUAUCUGUUAUUCUGUAGCUACCUUCUUCCCAACUCACCAACAUGAAAUCGUUGACUGUUAAUGGUGCUCCAACUCGACCCGUGGACAUGUCAUCUUCUGUUAGUUAAUAAUAAAUAAAGUAAAUAAAUAUAUAAAUUAAAAUCUAUAUAUUAAAAUUAAAAUCUUUUAUUUAUAUAUUUAUUUAUGAGUAUUAACCAUUUGAUUAAUUUUGUUUUUACUUUAUUAUUUUAUUAAUUAAUAAUAAUUAAAAAAUUGGUAUUAAAUCAAAGCUGUAAUACUAUUUAAAUAUUAUUUAGAAAAUAUAACUGAUAGAAUUAAAAUAGACAAUAUAAAAGGUAAGAACAAAUUAAUGACCAUAAGAGUACAGUAACUAUUCCAUUUAUUAUUAAUUCUAUAUAUUGUGGGAAUAUUUAAUCUGAAAAUUGAAGGUAGCCUAUAUUAUAUGCAGAGGAUACAGCAUUGUGACUGGUACAUGGGAGACUAUAAUGAAAAUAACAGAAAAACAUUUAAAAAGGUAUCAAAACUGGCCUUCUAACAAUAGCUUAACAUUAAAUAAUAACAAAACUGUUUUUAUAACUUUUUGAAAUUCAAUAAACGCAUCUUCCAAUAUCUUUACAUUAAAAGCCCAAGACUCAAAAUAUGAAUCCAUUUUACAAUGCAAUUGUGCAAUAAACAGAUUUAUUCAGAAAAAAUAUUUACAAGUUACAUUAGACCAAUAUUUAGGAUAGACCAUGCAUAUUUUGGAAUUAAAUCUGAAAAUGCCUUAAUUGACAAGCUUUAUAAUAUGGCAAAGCACUUUUUAAGAGUACACUCACAAAAAUAACCACUGCCUUGUCUCAAUCAAUAAUUGAAUAUGGUUUAACGAUGUGAGAAGUAGCAAUACAAAUAUAUAUAAUCUGCAUACAGUCAGUAAAGAAUAAAUCUCAAAAAUUAUUAUUCCUAUACCUAGUCUGUAUCCUAGUAAACAACUUAGAAGCAAAAAUAUUAACUGUAUAGAAAUUAUACUACAAAAAAUUGCAUUAUAUCACAUAUUUACAUAUUAAAUGUAAUUAUUACAAGCAAUUGUUCUUAGCUGUAAAAUGAGUUCUAAAAAUCUAAUAUUUCCCGAAAUAAACACAAUAAAAAAUUAUCAGCCAUCUGAUCAUAUGUUUUAAGACUAUAUAAAAAGGUCCCAAUAAUAACAAAAUUGUCAAUAAUUAGUAAAUUAUAAAUUGUUAGUAAAGAAAUUCUGUGAAGGUUUUUGUCAAUAAUAUAAAUUAUGUUAUUUAUAUUUUAUGUAUUGUGUUAUGUAUUAUCAUUCAACUUUAAAUUAUAUUAUCAUUAAUAUAAUUAUUCUAUUAUUUUUAAUUUUCCUUUUCCUCUAGACACUCACUUAUCAAAACAAGGAUUUUGUCCUUAGUGAUAAGUGAUUAGGAAAAUUUGUAAAAAUCAAUACUGCUAAAUAUAUGUAUUAUUAUAAUUAAAUAAACAAAUAUUACUAUCACAGUAAAAUAUGCUUAUAUGUGCAUACUAACUACUCAUUGCACAGCCACAAGAACUAGUUUCUGUUAAUCCAUAACCUUGUUGUACUGUCUCACAAAGACAAAUUUUGAUAAGAGUAUGUGUCUCUGGUGAUAAAGGUGCACCACCACAUAAAAUAAAACGAAUACGGCCACCCAAUAACUCACCAGUUUUCUUAAAUACCAACCUGGAUUAAAAAUAAUAAAAUGUAAGUAUUACAAAUAACAAUUAAAAUAAUUGUAUUACUUAUUCAACAAAGGAGUUUGAAAUCCACGGUCCAUCCAUUUCUUUUUGUAUUCAAAGGCAAAUUUGAAUAAAGUUUUUUGUAAUGGUGUCCCAUGAGAAAGUUUUUCGUUUAUUCCUUUGUAAAUACGAUCUAAUAUAAGCUAUAAUAUACAAAAUCAUAAAAGUUAUACAAACACUAUUUUCAAUUUUUUGGGUAAAUAAUAAUGUCAAAUUAAAUACAUACUGGCACUGCAGUCAUAAUAGUUGGUUUUAAUAUUGCUGCGUCACCUUUUGUACCUCGUUUAAUUUUACUAGAUGUAUCGAUCAUCGUCAAUGGUGUAGAAUAUCCUAUUCUAAUUCCACACAAUAAACAAGCAAGUUCUAUAAUAAAAAAUAAAAUAGGUAAAUGAUACCUACUUCUUACACAUUUAAAAAUAAUUAUAUUGAAUAUUAUUAAACAAAGAUUAAAAAUAUUUUGAUUUUAAGAUAGACAAAAAUUUUUUAUAAUUGCCUCCAAGAAGUUCAAACACAUGAGCCAAAGGUAAAUAUCCCAUAAAAACAUCUUUCUUAUAGUCGAUUAUAAUAGCGUCUGUGAAUGCUUUGAGCGUUGCUAUAAGAUUUGUAUGAGAUAAAUUGACACCUUUUGGAAUACCUGUGGAUCCACUAGUAUACAUUAUGAUAGCUAUGUCACUAGAUACUGGUAAAUUGCUUUCUGAAAAUAUAAUUCAAAAUUACUUUAUUUAAAAUUAUAAAUAAAUAAUUUAAAUAUUUACCAGUAACUUUGAAUUCAGACCCUUUUUUUAAGAUAGAUUUGAAGGAUAUUAUUUCUACGUCCUCUUUAUAUCCACUUACAUUGGUUUUUGCUAAUUGAUCCUCCAUGUAUAUCAAUGUUUUUACUUUGGGAGUGAGCAGUAAAAUAUUUUUAAAUUUUGGCAAUAAAUCAUGUGAAGUAAUUACAAUAGUCACUUCAGUUUCAUUAAUACCAUGAGCUAUAGCUUCUUCCCCAAGAGUAGCAUAUAAUGUAACCACUACAAAAAUAAUAUUAAAUCAUACCAUUAUUAUAAUUAUUUAUUAAUUUACAAAAGUGAAACAUAUAAUAAUUUAUAUGAUAAAAAAUUUAUAUUAUACAAGGUGAUUAUAUUGUAAGUAUAACUAAAACAAUUUAAAAUAAAAUAUAUAUGCAUUAAAAAUUAAAAAAAUAUUCAGCUAUAAGGUUUUAAGAGAUUAAAAUAAAUGAUUAAAGCAACUUUUUUUGUAAUAAAAUAUGGUAAAAUAUUUUAUUAAUUUUUGUAUUAUUUAUUAUUUUUACCAGGUAUAUUUUGUUUAAAACAUCCUUGUAUAGCAACCAUCCAUUCUGCUCUUGUUUCAGCAAAUAUUGCUAUAUUUUCCUUGUGUUUUUGGCCCAGAGAAAUUAAUGCAUUCCCAAAAUUAUCUGAUGCUUCAUCUACAUCUUUAAACGACAUCCAUUUGUAAUCACCCAUGACAUACUACAAAAAAUAAAUAUUUAUUUAAUAUUAUUUAUAUAAACAAAUAAUUACCUUAAAGUAAUGUUUUCUUAUGAACAAUUUAAAUUGAUUAAUCAUAAUUUUGGAUUUUAAAAGGACCAAUGUAUUAUUUUUUUAAAUAUUAUGUUAAGAUAUUUUUUUAAGACUAAACAAACAAGGAAUAUAAAAGUUCUACUAUUAUGAGAUACUUAAAUUUAUUUCAGUAAAACAAAUUAAAUACUAAUAGUUUUAUAACUAAUUUGUCUUAUUGUUAAUAGACAAAAAGUUAAGCCCAAUGACACAAUAAUUCUUGUUCUUAUUUUUCAUAUUUUUGUUUUCAUUAUUUUUUUUUAUUUUUUCUGAUUUGAUAUCAAUACAAAUUUUUAGGUUUUAAAAAUACUUGAAAAUUUGAUUAGCUGGGUGUUGCCUGCCAUCUUAGUCAUUCAAUUAAUUAUUAUUGAGAUUUAUUUGAACUUAUCAAACAUACUUAUUGUACAAAUUGUAAAGAUUGUGGAUUUUCUUAUCCAAUAAAAAAUAAUAAUAAUACAAUUGAGUGGUGUAUUAUAACUAAUAUCAUCACUUAAUUACUUUCACCUAACUUCGCUCAGAAUCGCAACAAUAAUUAGAAGAUAAAUUAUGAUACAAAAUUUUGAAGGAUGAAAUUGCUCUCACUACACCCCAUAAAAUACAUGUCUUAACUUGGUUGAUAAAAAAAAAUCUAUAUAAUAUUUUUUUAUAAGCCUUAAAAGCUCAAAUUUUAAAGUAAAUCAUAAAAACCAUGGCAUUUCGUGUACUAAUUUUCAAAUUAGUAUAUGUGCAUCCAGAUUUAAAAUAAUGAACUCAGUAACACCUCAGCGUGCCAAAAAUAUUAAAUAAUUUAAAAAAAUAAUAAUACACAAAAUAGAAAAAUAAAUUGACCCCUCACUACGCACUAAACCUAAAUAUUAUUUAGAAAAAAAAAAAUGUCCUCCCCAGUGGGGAAUCAAACCCCCAGUUUCCCGCAUGACAGGCGAAUACUAUAGAGAAUUACAUAGUGAUAAAAUAAAAGUAAAGAUUAUAAAUUAUUUACAUUCAGAUGGAAUCAAAAAAUGUUAGAAUUUUAUUUUUGAUUUAGAAUUUUUUUUAACAAUGGAAAAAUAUUUAUAUAGCAUUCAAGAUUUUGAUUAAUUUCAAUUUUAUUUGCUAAAAUUUUCUUUGAAUACCAAUAUUAUAUUAUUUAUUUUAUGCAGGUAAAAAUUAUUUGACUUUCUAAAUCAGUGGCGUAUUUAUGCUAGGAGAUCCGGGAAAUAUAUCUCCUUUUUUGACAUUUUUUUUUUUAUUAAUUUAUAAAAAUACCUAAUGUUUUUUAAAAUUCAAAUUUCUUUUGAUUUUAAUCAGAAAAAUAAAAAAAAAAACCUUAACUAUAGGUAAAUAUCUUUUUUAAAAACAAAACCCAGAGACGUCUCCAAACCUUGACUAUGGAUGGGGGAGGGUGGUGGUGAAUGAUUUUUACUCUUGAAUACCACAGCUUUGGUCAACAAAAAUUCAAAACUUUUAUGUCUCUAAUAAUGCCAUUUCAAUUUAAAUGACUUCAGAUAUAUUGUACAAAUGUAGUAAAACAGUACAAUUUAAAAUUUAAAUAAAUUUUUUUCACAUUAAAUAAAUAAUAAUUAAAAUAAUGAUAAUAUGAUUUUAUAUAAAUAAUAUUAAUAAAAGUAAGACGACCAAUUACAAAAUACUUUUAUUUUAAGCAGCGUUUCACAAGCGGCUUGUUCAAUAAUAUUUUCAUUUCGAUGAAUAUUCAAGUGUUAAGCCAGUUAGCCUCUGCUCAAAUUUUUUUUACCACAAAGUAGUACUUUUAAUAAACUUCAUGUUGAAUUCUCAAGCAUUUCUGUUUGGUCUAACAAUUUUAUCCAUAGAGUACCUACCUAAUAAAAAUUAUGUACAAAAUUCACAAAAUUAAAAUGCCUGUAAAUUGCUCAAAUAUUUGACCACACUAAGAAAAGGCAAAUAUAAGUUUUAUGUUUAAAUUUCAAGUUUCUAUGAAUAUUUUUAACUAUUAUUUUAUUAUAUCUUUGCAGACUGAUUGUUCCUACUUAAUUUUCCAUAAAUCUCAACCUUGAAUAUUUAUUGAAAUGUAUAAAUGAGAAGUGUUUCAUUCUUGUUUCAAAGUAUUUCCAAGAUCUGGAAUUAUUUUUCUGGCAUUUGGAACCAGUUGAAUUUGUACUUAUUUAUACUUAAGAAUUAUGGGUAUUUUGUAUAACAAAAAAGAACAUCACAAUGGGGGGCGAUCGCCCUCCCCUUCGGGGGCACGCCUGUUGUACAGUCAGCUAAAAAGUUAGAAUGCAGAAUGUGGACACCUAUACACUAUAUACACAUAAUACAUACAGUAAAUAUAGAAUAAAUAAAAAACCUGAGUGUGGGAUGUUACCAUACAGACAAAACCUUUCCGAACAAAUAUGAUCUAAGAGUAGAGGUGAUAGGGAAGCAAUUGACAUUUUUGAUAAAAUGUGUUUGCUUAUCGAGACCUUGAAACCUUAUUUUUUACUCAUCAUGUUUGUUAAAACAGAAAGGGGUAAGUGGAUGAGAUUUUUAAAAAGCUACAAAGGGGGCGUAAAAUAAUAGAAGCUGGGAACCACUGAACAAAACUAAUAAUAAUAAUUACUAAAAUAUUUCAAUGUCAAUGUUAGGACAAAUUGAAUCGUAAACUAUUUAAAGACAUAUAUAAAUUUAAAAUUAAGUAUUUUUUUGUUUAGCCUAGUUACACAAUUCGUAAAAAUCAUCAAUAUUUUAUAUACUGACUACAUAAAUAAUAAUACAAUGUUUUUAACAAUAUUUAAUUUACUUACUUUUUUGAAAACUCUACCAUUAGGUUGUAACUCAUCUUCCUCGGCAAGUACUUCCCUAGUUCCAAGGCAAUAAGAAUCUGUAUAUUUAUUAACGGCAUAUUUAAAUACCUUUUGUAAUGUAUCUAUUUUAUCUUUAACAAGAGUAAGAUGAUUGACAGUAGGUUCGCUUAAUGUUUUGAUGAGGAUUGUGUUAUCAUCUAUUUUACUAAUAUUAGACUGAAAUAAACAAAAAUUUUUAUAAUUAAAACAAAAAAGUAGAAUUAAGCAAGUACAAUAAUUAAUAAUCGUAAAUAAUCAAUCUUACUUUUAAUUGCCUGGAUUUUGCUUUUUUAACCCAAGGUUGUUGCAGUAUAAAAUACACUGGAUAUGUUAUAACAUCGUAUAUGAAAGAAAUUGUUUGAAAAGUUGACAAUAGAUAAGCAUUUUCCAUACUGAAAAACAAAAUUAUAUUGUACAAAAUAAAAAAUAAAUUAAACACAAAAUAAUAUAAUUUUUUAGUCUGGAUGUGUAUUUAAUGCCAGACGGAAUUUAUAGUAAUACAUUUUUUUUAUAAACUACAGCUUAAACAUAAAUAAUUGGACUUUGCACUUUUAAAGGUUUGUAUCGAUUAUAUCAUCAAAAUUAAAAUUAAAUAAACUAUUCAUGGGAUAUAAAUAUACAAAACCUAACUACCGUCAAUUUUAUCUGUAAUACUUAUCAUCUAUGAAAUUCAGACAGCAAUAAUAAGCAAUUAAUACCUUAUGAAAUGUGUAGGUCAGAAUAUUGUAGGUAGUGUGUAGUAUGUGUGAAUAUUACUCAUAGAAUACAAUAUACUAUAAUGAAUAAUUUAGUUUAGUUAUUUUUUUCUAUGGUUAAAUUCUAGUUUAAUUAUUCGUAUAACAUACUUAAAAAGAAAAAAGAUAACAGUAAUAAAGUAAUACGUAUACAUCCUAAACUGUAUGUUUUAUACGAAAAUAAUUAGGUAUAUCAAGAAAUUAGGUAGGUAAGUAGGUAGAUAACUAGUUUAUAGGUAAUUAAUAUAGGUAUUAAUCUAUUUAAAUUUAAACACUUCAUAUCUCAUUUUAUAUACCUAUUUUUUUUUUUUAUUAUUAUUAUAAUCGUUUUAUUUAAUACGCUAAUUGUGAAUUGAUAUUAAUUUAUUUAUUUAUUUCAAAAAUAUAACUAUGAAAACAUUUUAAAAUUUAAAAAACAAAUGAUAACCUUGAAUAUUAUUGGGUAGGUAUAGAUUUUAUUAUGAUUGAUUAACCAGUAAAAAAAAAACAAAAAUUAUUAAUAGGUAGGAACAGAUUUAUAUGUAAUGAAAAUACAAAAAUAUGCACAAAACACAGAAAAAUAUGUUAAGGGAAAAAAUUAAAUUUACAGAAAAUACAUUGAAUAUAAUUUUGAAAAAAUAAGAAUACAAAAUAAAAAUAGUAUUACCACUAGAAAACUUUAAAUUUUAAUAAUUUCUUAUUCAAAAUCUUAGAAGAUGAUAAUAAUAUAUUAAUAAUAUACACAUAAGAAAAUUAAUGUAACUAAUAAAUAAUAUUUUGUUAUUGCAUUUUAGAGGCCUACCAAAAAUAAAAAAGCCAAUAAAGUUUGUAAUGGGGCAAUGGUUUUGAAUAAUAAUUUGAUAGCUAAACGUGACAUUGAACAGGACUAUUCUGUUUAGCUAAUAAUUAAAAAUAAACAUAAUAUGGGUACCUACCUGUAAUUAUUAUUAUAUUAGGUAAGGUUAUUUAAUCCCGCCUAUUUAAUAAUUUUAAUGGGGGCCACAACCACUAAGUAUUUAUUUUAAUUAAACAUCGGACAUAAUAAUUAUGACCAAUACUUACAUCUAUAGGUAUAAGUAUGAAAAUUCACAAGAUAUACGAUUAUUGAACAGUAUUUAUAAUGCGAAAAAAACGAAUAUAAUCAUGCCUACUGACACAAGGUUCAGAAAUAUAAUUCGUGCAUAUUCGUGCAGUGUGGGAGAGAAAAUAGUAGUUACAGUAGGUAAUGGUGGGUUUCUUAAAACAAGAUUAUCAGACCUUGGAUUUUAUAGCAUUCGUGCAUUUUUUAUGUAGGUAGUCAUACGCAAUAUAAAUCCUUGUCAAAUUAUUAGUUUGCCACAUUUUGGCGUUUUCAAGUUCGAAUUUUUAACAAGAUUGCAUAACUUCCAUUUUAUUGAUAAUAUGAAAACUUUUUUAAGAUUAAGUGGGUUAGUCGGGCAUGUCUGAUGUUUAUUUGUUUUAAUGUGUAUUUAUGGCACUGAUUGUGCAAAUAUAUUAUCUGAACUCCAAUAACUCGGUAUUUAAAUAUUGAUAAAGAAGCUACAUAAUAUGUUCAAAAUGUAAUGGGGAGAUUAAUGUUCGGUGAUAACGACAAGAAAUGUUUGUAUAUGAUGAUAAUAUAAAUUUUACGAAUACGACACAAGGCCACAAAGGUACAAUCGGUGGGUAGAGCAUGAGCGUUUAAAAAAAAAAAAAAAGACGAAAAGUACGUUUCCUAAAAUAUAAUGUGUACGGCGCAAUGGCAAUAUUGUUGAACUGUAAUAAUUAGCUCGUUACUCACUUGUAGUAUUUGCAUACGAUACGGAGACACGACGGCGAUUGAGUAUACGUUAACAGGACAUUGUCCGGAUUUUCAUUCGGUUUUCAAAAUUGACCAGGCAGCAGCAAUUUCUACAAGAAUACGAUUAAUGUUAAUGAAUAUAAUUAUUCAAAACGCGUGAAAAAAAAAAAAAAAAAACCACAACAAAAACACGUAGAAACGAUAUUCCCGUACGACCGUGUCUAAAUGAAUGCGACGACGGCGACGGAAGCGUACGCAGGUGGGUACGUACAUCGGACUUGCACUACGGCGGCAAAACGUCGGAAUCGAACGGAAACGAUUGUUAAUACCAACGCGGUCGGUUUCCAGCAUUCGUAAAAUCGCGAGUAGUAACGGUUACGCCGACGGGACGGCAGCUCUGCGUACGCACGGUGAAUAACGACGAAUGGUGCGCGAGUCGCAUUGCUAUUAUCGCUAUCGGCGUUAUCACCGGAUUGUCGCGCGUUUGUUGUUGUCACGAGCGGCGGGACUCGCUUGCCAACGGCCGCGGCGCCGUGAUAAUAGGUUUAUUGCGACGAUUCCGUACGCGAGUACCUGCCGCUCGAUUGAAUCGGAUGCCGUACGCCCGGGUGCAGCGCACGCACGGCGCGUACGCGUUUCGCGUACCUACGUAGUCCGCGUGUUAAUCGACCGCGCGACUGGCCCGAGUAGGCCCGGCGGGUUUACCCGAUCGAAUGUCUACGGUUUCUAUUUUCCUUUCCCGUCAAAAUGUGCGAACUACGCGAAACGCUAAACGCGUUGCACAACCGCGCUAAUACUGGCCGGACAUUUCAGGGAGUUUUAAUUAACGAACUCAACGGUAGGCCUGCGCAGUGUCUGAGGGAAAUUACCGACAACGACGAGAAACCGCCAACGUUGCGGGAGGGAAGUUCGGAUGGUUAACGAUACGGAAUGAUGUAAUUCACACUCGGUGUUAUUAUACUGAAGCGACUGAAAAAUCGUUUGAAUAAAUAAACGAUUUCUAACCAAGCUCGGUAAUCCGGUAGUUGUAUAGUAAUUAGUAGGUAUUACGCUUGUUUUCCCCGUGUAGCCAUGGUAACCCGGAAAUCGACGCGAGCCAAACGGAAAUGUCGUCAUAAUAUCUUGUCGAAUUUUUAUAAGGUCUGUUGAUCUAGAAAAAUUGUUCAAAUAAACAGAAAAAUUCACAUAUUUUAUUGUACUACGUGAAAAAAUCGGAACAUUUUAGGUACCCGCUAAAAUAUCGUUUUUAAAUAAAAAAUAUUGGGUGAGGGUUACUUAUUGAGAAAAAACAUUCAAAUAGAGAAUACCACCAAGCGAACAAUAUUAUAAUUUUUUAUGGCACAGCGUAAAAAAAUCCGGUCGUUUUUAUUACCAAACACGUGUUUUCUGAUAGCCUCUAUUUAAACUAAUAUCACAAAUUAUGCCAUUGGGUUAUGGAACAGAUUUUUAGCUCACCGAGUUAUAAAUAGAAUAGAGAAAAGAGACACGGUCAAAAUUAUGCAGUUCUUAUAAUCAUACGCAUGCCCCAGUUAUUAAUGUUUGUUUUUACGGUUUGAAUUCAAUUAAGUAUCCGCGUGAGUAGGUUCCGGGUACCUAAUCUGACUAGAAAUGCAUUUACACGUGCGAAAAUAUAAUGGCGUACCUAUGCAGUGUUUCAAACGGAUCACCAAAACGCGUAGAGGAAGAAAACUAUCGAACCAACAAUUCUAUUAUUGUGGCUCAACGGACUACUAUUAUGGGUCGUCUACGUAUAAUUAUUGUUAAGUGAUUUCUGUUUAUAAGCCCUAAAAACUUGAAAACGUGCGAUUUCUAUAAAUUCUCACGCUUAAAAUAAUUUGGACGAUAAUCGACGUUCGGCGGACGGGAUAUUCUGUACACCGCACUCUGUCCGAGUGCAGUCUGCGCUUGACAUGUAAGCUCGCAAUCGCCGGUGAAUAUGCGCGCUGUUGUUCGUUAAAUUUUUCAACAGGAGUUUUUCAUCGGUCACAUAUACGGCAUAGUGUCUUACAUUUUUCACGGCGCCGCGACUCGAAAACUCGCAAGUCAUUUAAAUGUACGAACGACCGCUCGGGUUUACGAAAAUACAAUGCAUUCGGAGUUCACUGUAAUUGCGCUACUGCCAUUGGUUUUAGAAUACACUUAAUGUAAUAAAACGAUUGACGAGUGCAUUACUAACAUACGUAUCCAUUACACACAGGUAUUGUAUUGGUUUUUUGAAGGGAAACAUCACGGAACCAAACUGCGAAUAAAAAAUUCGUAUUGACGUAAACACGGCGAGGUGAAAUGUGCGUUACGGCUGCUAGGGCCGGGCCCGGGCCCUAGGCCCUGCCCCCGUAUCGUCGGACCGGACCCGCAGCCGAUCCGCGGACCCUCGCCGAAGUUGUAAUCACUACGAGGACGGAUAAUAUUUACCGUGUGUCGGCUGGUGGGGGGCACGGGAAACGGCGUACGAAAAUGUUCAUCGUCCCGGUGCCCGUCUACUUAAUAUUACACUCACCGUCGUCGCAUAGUUUCGGAGUCUUGCCGAUUCCGUUGGCCGACUGCCCGCCGACGACUAGUCGUUACUACGAAAGUCCGAACGCGUACAAUGUUAUCGCCGCACGGACCGCGGUGUAAUUAUACCCGGUGACGUACGUAAAUAGCAAUAAUAAUAAUCGUCGUCCGCGUCCUGAGUACCUGCUCCGCGCGUUACGUACGGGCGCCUCGGCGGUUUUUAUUAAUACGAUUAUUCGAUUGUGUUACACGCGGCCGGCUUAUGAUAUUAUAUUAUUAUUAUUAUUAUUAUUAUUAUGACGUGUGUAGAACGCGUUUAGGUACGUCGCCGACGGCCCGUGGCCUUACUGAAAGCACGCGGCCACCGUAACACGCGUCGAUAAACGGAAAUAACGGACGCGGCGAUGAAAUAUUCACACGGCGAUUACAGCGACAUUUAUAAUUUACAACGACGCGACGAUACGGCCGGCACGACGGUGUGGACGACGGGUCGGACGUGUU